CUAAGCCCACACCUUACAUCGAGCAUCAGGGGAAGGGAACAUUUUUUCUCCCGCUUGACACCCGAAAUCCGCCGCAAAUUCAGGAAUAUCCUGCACCACUUGGUUAGUUCGACACGCAGCGGGAGCGUGUUGAUUUGCGAUCAGCUGAAAAUUGGAAGUUUCCCAGGUGACGUCAUUUCUGAAUACGUCGUGAACCUGGAACAAUCGUGCAAUAUUUCCUUCAUUUGAACACCACGUAUUUGCGUAGGACAUCCAGAACAGUUGCUUGGGAGUAUAUUGUUCCAAGCCGGGCAGUCUUUUUUCUGUUUCAUUCCGAUCCUGCAUGUAUUUUAG